AUGGAAGGAGAGACGGUACCCGAGGCCAGGAGAGCAGCCAGCAAAGCCACACGGAUCGCCCUCGGCAUCUUUGUGAGUGGCACCGUUGUGCUUGGAACCGUGCUUUUCUUGGUUAGCCAAGGUCUUAUAAAGUUUCAUCCGAAGCAACAGUACUGUUUGACCUCAGAAUGCAUUGAAGCUGCUGCUGGCAUCCUAAGCAACAUAAAUCAAUCCGUAGAUCCGUGUGAGAACUUUUAUCGAUUUGCGUGUGAUGGCUGGAUAUAUAAUCACCCUAUUCCUGAAGACAUGUCAAACUAUGGUGUUUAUCCUUGGCUGCGACACAAUGUGGACCUCAAACUAAAGG